AUGAGAAAACUCCGACCAACAGUUAUAACAACCGACCACCACCACCGUUCCUCCUCCACCACUAUGAUCCACCAUGAUCUUGACCUCAAACUCUCCAUCAGCCUCAGUACAAUCCCAACGGCCACGGUGGAGCAUCCAAGCGGCGGCGGUGGAGGCGGUGUGGAGGCUUUGAAGUGGCAGGCGGCGGAGCAGGUAAGACUUGCAGCGAUAGAGAAAGCUUACGCCGAGAGAGUCAGAGAAUUGACUCGGCGUGAGAUGGAGAUGGCUCAGUCUGAGUUCGCUCGUGCAAGGGUGAUGUGGCAGAAGGCGAGGGAAGAACUGGAGAGAGCAGAGAGAUUGAAGGAGAGAUCAAUGAGGAAGAUCGAUACGACUUGCUUGGAGAUCACUUGUCACUCUUGCAGGCAAAGGUUUAGGCCUUAA